UUGAGGUGGAGGUUGUCGAGUCUAAUAAAGGCGAUUAAGCGGCGAGAGGAAACCGAAAACAGGCUAAGCACAGAUAACCCACGGUACGACAGUGGGGAGAAGGGAAAAAAUAAUGGUGUGUUGUGGUGCGAAAGAAGAUCGACGACGACGAGAAAUGGAGGGGGGGGAGGAGGAGUGUAUGGGUAAGAUGUGUAAAGGUUGGGUUCAGGAAGAGUUGGCAACAAUAGGGGAGAGUGAAGAGGGAAGGGAAGAAAGAGGAGAGAGAAUGGAGUUCGCGCCCGGGAAGGAGGCGCCAGGGGAAUUUUGGGACGGAGUGGGACGUUUCUCCACGCCCAGAAUAGAAAUCAGGUUCAGAACGGAUUGCGCGUCCUCCGCUGACUCAGCCAGCUACUCCACUGCCGCUUCAGCUCUGAUAGGUUCAUUGCUGACUAAGGUUAGGGCUUUUGGGACACUUUGUACCCUACUGGGGAAUCCACUUGUUCCCUGUCCUUCCCUGGAUAUACAGACGAGACUGGGAUCUUCGAUAAGAUCUCAUGUUUGUUUACUACCGUGAUGAACGUCCAGGCUACUUAGAAAAUGCCCUGUUGAACCUUAGA